AGGAGUGGCAACCCGUGUUCAUCCAAAAACGGUUUCUUUGUACCUAAGUACGACGGCAAGGCCAGAACCAGUCUGUUCCGCAGAUCCCCGUCAACGAGACGUUGCACCUACUGAAUGCAGUUUUCGACAUAUUUAUAUGAUCUCAGAGGAAAUUCACAGUAUAGUUUAUAUUAAUUAUUUAAGAUGUUCACACUAAUUUUGUAUGCGGUGUUAGUUUUGUGCGCAAACGCACAACAGUGCUUGAAGGAUGUGCAAAAAGUUGUGGUUAUGGAGGAAGGCAUGACAAGUAACAAAGGCUUCCACGAUUUUGGAAUUAUUGAUGACGAUAUACCAAUGGCUCCAAAAUAUGAUCUUAUAGUUAGUUUGGGCUCACAGAAGCUGCCAAUAGGUCUCAUCUUCUCACCAGCGUUGACCUUUGGAGUGAAGCCGAUUAUAGCAUGUGAAGAAGUUGAAAAAGGCCAAAAUUACACUGUUAUGAUGUUAGAUGUUGACUGGCCGUCGAGUAAGAACAAAAGCCAGGGAGCGUACAUUAAUGCCAUAAUCGUUAACAGCCCGUCGGAUAAUUUGAAUAAAGGUGAUAUUGUAGUAGCAUAUACCCCAACUGUGCCAAAACUGAAUUCUGGUCUCCACCGCUACGUGGGGUUGCUAUACAAGCAAUCGCGCUAUAUUGACGCAGACGCGACAGAAUUGUUACAUUUGGCAAGAAAGAAGGAAGGAUUCAGUGCGAAGCAGUUUGCAGAUCAAUAUGGUCUUGAUGAUCCCCUCGCCGGCAGCUUAUUUUUUGCUGAAAUUACCGAAUGCUAAAGAAAUAAAUG